AUGGACGGAAGCUCGGACGCUCAAGCUGAGAGCGGAUCAUGGCUCCGAGACGCGGAGGAAGCGACCGGGCGAAGGCGAGGGCGGUGCUCGUUCGACGGCUGCCCAAACCAGGCCGAGGUGGGCGGCCACGUGUGGAUUAGAGGCGAGGGUUGCUUCAUCGCGCCCAUAUGUAGGCCGUGCAAUCGGCACGACAACCCUGAAAGGAUGCAGGGCGCGGGUGCCUGCCUUCGCGCGAACAUCGUGGUGACGAAGACCGCGAUGACGGACAUGACCACGACAAUUAUGCUUCCCAAAUCACCUUUCCUGCGCACUGCAAGUGGUAACCUCUCCUCCCCAAGCCGUGAGAACUUGGACACGCACUUGCGAAGUGCGCGGACCUUCUCAAGACGGGUGCUGGAGGUCGACCUUCUCACGGAUCCGCAGGAAGCCACUUUUGGAAUAACGCCAGCAAACGUGGCCGUCCACCUUGAGCAGCGUUGGCAACUGCUGGAUGUUGCCACGCAGGAGAUCCGAGCCAGCCUCACAGCAACGGGGGUAAACGAGCAGCCUCUGUCCGCCUUGGGCUUGGGCAGCUGCGAUCUGUGGAAGGGAUACAUUCCUCUGGCCACCCUGAUUGUGAAGCGCUGGCAGCAGCACAGAGCCUCUGGAUGCACCGGAGCAUUUGUGGUGGGCAUCAACGCGCCUCCGGGCAGCGGCAAAAGCACCCUUCUUCAAAUCCUGCAGAUGCUGCUCCACAAUGCCUCCGCACAGCCACCCCGGAUAGUGCAGAUUGGCUCCGAUGAUCUGUACAUGGGGGCAUCCAAGAGAGAGGCCCACACAAUCAGCACCCGCCUCGACCCGCGCUCGCUCGACCCGGAGUUUGAUGGGCUGAUUGCACAACUCAAGCAUGCCAGUGCCUCGGAUGGCCCCAUCAUGCUGCCGCGCUUCAACAAGGGCACUGAUGACCGGGAGGCGCGUGGCAUCCCUGUCCAAGGCCCGUUCGACAUUGUGCUUUUUGAAGGCUGGAGGGUGGGUGUACCAUCUGGUGAGCUGCAUGGGAGAAACUUUGACUACACCAACCUCAAUGCUCCCAUUGACUUCAUGAUAUAUGUGGAUGCCGAGCCGGAGCACGUUUGGCACUGGAAGCUUCAGUCAAGCCGCCGGGACUAUGAGCGUGAGCACAACCUCAAAUGGACUAACGAGCAUACACGCAGGCUCCGUCAAAUGUGGGAGCUAUGGAUACUGCCAUUCUUGCGCCAGCAUGAGCAGCCACUGCGUGAGCGCGCAGAUCUCGUGCUAUUCAAAGAUGCGACACACCGGCUACAGAAGGUUGAGCUGCAUUGA